AUGAAACAUAACUCACCGGAGCUUAUUGCAUCUGAAACUGAACCACCAAUAAAUCAAAUUGAUAUAGGUGACGCAAACUACUCAAGGGAGGAAGAAAAUCUUAUUUGCUCAGAAGAUGUACCUGUAGUAACCUCAGAACCGACAAUAAUCUGUGAAUCAAAUAAUGCAAUAGAAUCAAAUGAAUUAGUAUCAGAUACAGUUGUGGAAACACAAUGCGAGCAAGUCGAUUUAGUUUCUUCUGAAGCAACAACAGAUAAUAACACAUGUACUGUACCUGCUUCCGAGGAAAAUGUAUUAAACGUUGAAGAACUAGAGAGUUCACCGGAGCUCACUGCAUCUGAAACUGAACCACCAAUAAACCAAAUUCAUAUAACUGAAACAAAUAACUCAGUGGAAGAGGAGAAUCUCAUUUGCUCAGAAGAUGUACCUGUAGUAACCUCAGAAUCGACAAUAAUCUGUGAAUCAAAUAAUGCAAUAGAAUCAAAUGAAUUAAUACCAGAUACAGUUGUGGAAGUACAAUGCGAGCAAGUCGAAUUAAUAUCUUCUUUAACAACAACAGAUAAUGAAACAUGUACUGCACCUGCUUCCGAGGAAAAUGUAUUAAACGUUGAAGAACUAGAGAGUUCACCGGAGCUCACUGCAUCUGAAACUGAACCAUCAACAAACCAAAUUCAUAUAACUGAAACAAAUAACUCAGUGGAAGAAGAGAAUCUUAUUUGCUCAGAAGAUGUACCUGCAGUAACCUCUGAAGCGACAAUAAUAUGUGAAUCAAAUGAAUUAAUACCAGAUACAGUUCCGGAAGUAAAAAGCAAGAAAGUCGAAUUAGUAUCUUCUUCAGCAACAACAGAUAAUGAAACAUGUACUGCAAUUGCUUCCGAGGAAAUUGUAUCAAACGUUGAAGAUCUACAGAAUUCACCGGAACACAGUGUAACUGAAUCUGAACUACAAACAAACCAAAUUGACAUAGCUGAAACGAAUAACUCAGUGGAAGAAGAGAAACUAAUUUGCUCAGAAGAUGUACCUGUAGUAACCUCAGAACCGACAAUAAUCUGUGAAUCAAAUAAUGCAAUAGAAUCAAAUGAAUUAAUACCAGAUACAGUUGUGGAAGUACAAUGCGAGCAAGUCGAAUUAGUAUCUUCUUUAGCAAUAACAGAUAAUGAAACAUGUACUCCACCUGCUGCCGAGGAAAAUGUAUUAAACGUUGAGGAACUAGAGAGUUCACCGGAGCUCAAUGCAUCUGAAACUGAACCAUCAACAAACCAAAUUCAUAUAACUGAAACGAAUAACUCAGUGGAACAAGAGAAUCUUAUUUGUUCAGAAGAUGUACCUGUAGUAACCUCAGAACCGACAAUAAUCUGUGAAUCAAAUGAAUUACUUACAGAUACAGUUGUGGAAGUACAAUGUGAAGAAAUUGGAUUAGUAUCUUCUUUAGCAACAACAGAUAAUGAAACAUCUAUCGCACUUGCUACCGAGGAAAAUGUAUCUAAUGUUGAAGAUCUACAGAAUUCACCGGAGCUCACUGCAUCUGAAACUGAACCACCAAUAAAUCAAAUUGAUAUAGGUGACGCAAACUACUCAAGGGACGAAGAAAAUCCUAUUUGCUCAGAAGAUGUACCUGUAGUAACCUCAGAACCGACAAUAAUCUGUGAAUCAAAUGAAUUAGUACCAGAUACAGUUGUGGAAGUACAAUGCGAGCAAGUCGAAUUAGUAUCUUCUUUAGCAACAACAGAUAAUGAAACAUGUACUCCACCUGCUUUCGAGGAAAAUGUAUUAAACGUUGAAGAACUAGAGAGUUCACCGGAGCUCACUGCAUCUGAAACUGAACCAUCAACAAACCAAAUUCAUAUAACUGAAACGAAUAACUCAGUGGAAGAAGAGAAUCUUAUUUGCUCAGAAGAUGUACCUGUAGUAACCUCCGAAGCGACAAUAUUAUGUGAAGAAAACAACACAAUAGAAUCAAAUGAAUUAGUAUCAGAUACGGUUGCAGAAGUACUAUCUGAAGAAGUCGAAUUAAUUUCUUCCUUAGCAAUAACAGAUAAUGAAACAUGUAUUGCACCUCCUUCCGAGGAAAAUAUAUCAAACGUUGAAGAACCACAAAAUUUACCGGAGCUCACUGCAUCUGAAAUUGAACCAUCAAUAAACCAAAUUGAUAUAACUGAAACGAAUAACUCAGUGGAAGAAGAGAAUCUUAUUUGCUCAGAAGAUGUACCUGUAGUAACCUCCGAAGCGACAAUAAUCUGCGAAUCAAAUAAUGCAAUAGAAUCAAAUGAAUUAAUACCAGAUACAGUUGUGGAAGUACAAUGCGAGCAAGUCGAAUUAGUAUCUUCUUUAGCAACAACAGAUAAUGAAACAUGUACUCCACCUGCUUUCGAGGAAAAUGUAUUAAACGUUGAAGAACUAGAGAGUUCACCGGAGCUCACUGCAUCUGAAACUGAACCAUCAACAAACCAAAUUCAUAUAACUGAAACGAAUAACUCAGUGGAAGAAGAGAAUCUUAUUUGCUCAGAAGAUGUACCUGUAGUAACCUCCGAAGCGACAAUAUUAUGUGAAGAAAACAACACAAUAGAAUCAAAUGAAUUAGUAUCAGAUACGGUUGCAGAAGUACUAUCUGAAGAAGUCGAAUUAAUUUCUUCCUUAGCAAUAACAGAUAAUGAAACAUGUAUUGCACCUCCUUCCGAGGAAAAUAUAUCAAACGUUGAAGAACCACAAAAUUUACCGGAGCUCACUGCAUCUGAAAUUGAACCAUCAAUAAACCAAAUUGAUAUAACUGAAACGAAUAACUCAGUGGAAGAAGAGAAUCUUAUUUGCUCAGAAGAUGUACCUGUAGUAACCUCCGAAGCGACAAUAAUCUGCGAAUCAAAUAAUGCAAUAGAAUCAAAUGAAUUAAUACCAGAUACAGUUGUGGAAGUACAAUGCGAGCAAGUCGAAUUAGUAUCUUCUUUAGCAACAACAGAUAAUGAAACAUGUACUCCACCUGCUUCCGAGGAAAAUGUAUUAAACGUUGAAGAACUAGAGAGUUCACCGGAGCUCACUGCAUCUGAAACUGAACCAUCAACAAACCAAAUUCAUAUAACUGAAACGAAUAACUCAGUGGAAGAAGAGAAUCUUAUUUGCUCAGAAGAUGUACCUGUAGUAACCUCAGAACCGACAAUAAUCUGUGAAUCAAGUGAAUUAGUUACAGAUACAGUUGUGGAAGUACAAUGCGAGCAAGUCGAAUUAGUAUCUUCUUUAGCAACAACAGAUAAUGAAACAUGUACUCCACCUGCUUUCGAGGAAAAUGUAUUAAACGUUGAAGAACUAGAGAGUUCACCGGAGCUCACUGCAUCUGAAACUGAACCAUCAACAAACCAAAUUCAUAUAACUGAAACGAAUAACUCAGUGGAAGAAGAGAAUCUUAUUUGCUCAGAAGAUGUACUUGUAGUAACCUCCGAAGCGACAAUAUUAUGUGAAGAAAACAACACAAUAGAAUCAAAUGAAUUAGUAUCAGAUACAGUUGUGGAAACACAAUGCGAGCAAGUCGAAUUAGUUUCUUCUGAAGCAACAACAGAUAAUAACACAUGUAGUGUACCUGCUUCCGAGGAAAAUGUAUUAAACGUUGAAGAACCACAAAAUUUACCGGAACUCACUGCAUCUGAAACUAAACCAUCAAUAAACCAAAUUGAUAUAGCUGAAACAAAUAACUUAGUGGAAGAAGAAAAUCUUAUUUGCUCAGAAGAUGCACCUGUAGUAACUUCCGACCCGACAGUAAUCUGUGAAGAAAACAACACAACAGAAUUAAAUGAAUUAGUAUCAGAUACAGUUGUAGAAGUACAAUGUGAAGAAAUCAAAUUAGUUUCUUCUGAAGCAACAACAGAUAAUGAAACAUGUAUUGCAUCUGCUUCCGAAGAAAAUGUAUCUAAUGUUGAAGAACAACAAAAUCUACCGGAGCUCACUGCAUCUGAAACUAAACCAUCAAUAAACCAAAUUGAUAUAGCUGAAACAAAUAACUUAGUGGAAGAAGAAAAUCUGAUUUGCUCAGAAAAUGCACCUGUAGUACCUUCCGACCCGACAGUAAUCUAUGAAGAAAACAACACAACAGAAUUAAAUGAAUUAGUAUCAGAUACAGUUGUGGAAGUACAAUGUGAAGAAAUCGAAUUAGUUUCUUCUGAAGCAACAACAAAUAAUGAAACAUGUAUUGUACCUGCUUCCGAUGAAAAUGUAUCUAAUGCUGAAGAUCUACAGAAUUCACCGGAGCUCACUGCAUCUGAAACUGAACCACCAAUAAACCAAAUUCAAAUAACUGAAACGAAUAACUUAGUGGAAGAAGAAAAUCUUAUUUGCUCAGAAGAUGUACCUGUAGUAACCUCAGAAUCGACAAUAAUCUGUGGAUCAAAUAAUGCAACAGAAUCAUAUGAAUUAGCACCAGAUAGUGUUGUGGAAGUACAAUGCGAGCAAGUUGAAUUAAUAUCUUCUUCAGCAACAACAGAUAAUGAAACAUGUGUUGCACCUCCUUCCGAAGAAAAUGUAUCUAAUGCUGAAGAUCUACAGAAUUCACCGGAGCUCACUGCAUCUGAAACUGAACCACCAAUAAACCAAAUUCAUAUAACUGACACGAAUAACUCAGUGGAAGAGGAAAAUCUUAUUUGCUCAGGAGAUGUACCUGUAGUAACCUCAGAACCGACAAUAAUCUGUGAAUCAAAUAAUGCAAUAGAAUCAUACGAAUUAAUACCAGAUACAGUUGUGGAAGUACAAUGCGAGCAAGUCGAAUUAAUAUCUUCUUCAGCAACAACAGAUAAUGAAACAUGUAUUGAACCUCCUUCCGAAGAAAAUGUAUCUAAUGCUGAAGAUCUACAGAAUUCACCGGAGCUCACUGUAUCUGAAACUGAAACACCAAUAAACCAAAUUUAUAUAGGUGACGCAAACUCCUCAAGGGAGGAAGAAAAUCUUAUUUGCUCAGAAGAUGUACCUGUAGUAACCUCAGAACCGACAAUAAUCUGUGAAUCAAAUAAUGUAACAGAAUCAAAUGAAUUAGUAUCAGAUACAGUUGUGGAAGUACAAUGUGAAGAAAUCGAAUUAGUUUCUUCUGAAGCAACAACAGAUAAUGAAACAUGUAUUGAACCUGUUUCCGAGGAAAAUAUAUCAAACGUUGAAGAACCACAAAAUUUACCGGAACUCACUACAUCUGAAACUAAACCAUCAAUAAACGAAAUUGAUAUAGCUGAAACAAAUAACUUAGUGGAAGAAGAAAAUCUUAUUUGCUCAGAAGAUGCACCUGUAGUAACUUCCGACCCGACAAUAAUCUGUGAAUCAAAUAAUGUAACAGAAUCAAAUGAAUUAGUAUCAGAUACAGUUGUGGAAGUACAAUGUGAAGAAAUCGAAUUAGUUUCUUCUGAAGCAACAACAAAUAAUGAAACAUGUAUUGCACCUGCUUCCGAAGAAAAUGUAUCUAAUGCUGAAGAGCUACAGAAUUCACCGGAGCUCACUGCAUCUGAAACUGAACCACCAAUAAACCAAAUUCAUAUAACUGAAACGAAUAACUCAGUGGAAGAAGAAAAUCUCAUUUGCUCAGAAGAUGUACCUGUAGUAACCUCAGAACCUACAAUAAUCUGUGAAUCAAAUAAUGCAAUAGAAUCAUAUGAAUUAGUACCAGAUACAGGUGUGGAAGUACAAUGCGAGCAAGUUGAAUUAAUAUCUUCUUUAGCAACAACAGAUAAUGAAACAUGUAUUGCAUCUGCUUCCGAGGAAAAUGUAUUAAACGUUGAAGAACUACAGAAUUCACCGGAGCUCACUGCAUCUGAAACUGAACCACCAAUAAAUCAAAUUGAUAUAGGUGACGCAAAUUACUCAGUGGAGGAAGAAAAUCUUAUGUGCUCAGAAGAUGUACCUGUAGUAACCUCAGAACCGACAAUAAUCUGUGAAUCAAAUAAUGCAAUAGAAUCAUACGAAUUAAUACCAGAUACAGUUGUGGAAGUACAAUGCGAGCAAGUUGAAUUAAUAUCUUCUUUAGCAACAACAGAUAAUGAAACAUGUAUUGCACCUGCUUCCGAAGAAAAUGUAUCUAAUGCUGAAGAUCUACAGAAUUCACCGGAGCUCACUGCAUCUGAAACUGAACCACCAAUAAACCAAAUUGAUAUAACUGAAACGAAUAACUCAGUGGAAGAGGAGAAUCUUAUUUGCUCAGGAGAUGUACCUGUAGUAACCUCAGAACCGACAAUAAUCUGUGAAUCAAAUAAUGCAAUAGAAUCAAAUGAAUUAGUACCAGAUACAGUUGUGGAAGUACAAUGCGAGCAAGUUGAAUUAAUAUCUUCUUUAGCAACAACAGAUAAUGAAACAUGUAUUGCACCUGCUUCCGAGGAAAAUGUAUUUAAUGUUGAAGAUCUACAGAAUUCACCGGAGCUCACUGCAUCUGAAACUGAACCAUCAACAAACCAAAUUGAUAUAAUUGAAACGAAUAACUCAGUGGAAGAAGAGAAUCUUAUUUGCUCAGAAGAUGUACCUGUAGUAACCUCCGAAUCGACAAUAUUCUGUGAAUCAAAUAACACAAUAGAAUCAAAUGAAUUAGUAUCAAAUACAGUUGUGGAAGUACAAUGCGAGCAAGUUGAAUUAGUAUCUUCUUUAGCAACAACAGAUAAUGACACAUGUACCGCACCUGCUUCCGAGGAAUUAAAUGUUGAAGAACUACAGAAUUCACCGGAGCUUACUGCAUCUGAAACUAAACCACCAAUAAACCAAAUUCAUAUAACUGAAACGAAUAACUUAGUGGAAGAAGAGAAUCUUAUUUGCUCAGAAGAUGUACCUGUAGUAAUCACUGAAGCGACAAUAAUAUGUGAAUCACAUGAAUUAGUACCAGAUGCAGUUGCGAAAGUACAAUGUGAAGAAAUCGAAUUGGUUUCUUCUUUAGCAACAACAGAUAAUGAAACAUGUAUUGCACCUGCUUCCGAGGAAAAUGUAUCAAACGUUGAAGAACUCCAGAACUCACCGGAGCUUAUUGCAUCUGAAACUGAACCACCAAUAAAUCAAAUUGAUAUAGGUGACGCAAACUACUCAAGGGAGGAAGAAAAUCUUAUUUGCUCAGAAGAUGUACCUGUAGUAACCUCAGAACCGACAAUAAUCUGUGAAUCAAAUAAUGCAAUAGAAUCAAAUGAAUUAGUAUCAGAUACAGUUGUGGAAACACAAUGCGAGCAAGUCGAUUUAGUUUCUUCUGAAGCAACAACAGAUAAUAACACAUGUACUGUACCUGCUUCCGAGGAAAAUGUAUUAAACGUUGAAGAACUAGAGAGUUCACCGGAGCUCACUGCAUCUGAAACUGAACCACCAAUAAACCAAAUUCAUAUAACUGAAACAAAUAACUCAGUGGAAGAGGAGAAUCUCAUUUGCUCAGAAGAUGUACCUGUAGUAACCUCAGAAUCGACAAUAAUCUGUGAAUCAAAUAAUGCAAUAGAAUCAAAUGAAUUAAUACCAGAUACAGUUGUGGAAGUACAAUGCGAGCAAGUCGAAUUAAUAUCUUCUUUAACAACAACAGAUAAUGAAACAUGUACUGCACCUGCUUCCGAGGAAAAUGUAUUAAACGUUGAAGAACUAGAGAGUUCACCGGAGCUCACUGCAUCUGAAACUGAACCAUCAACAAACCAAAUUCAUAUAACUGAAACAAAUAACUCAGUGGACGAAGAAAAUCUUAUUUGCUCAGAAGAUGUACCUGUAGUAACCUCAGAACCGACAAUAAUCUGUGAAUCAAAUAAUGCAAUAGAAUCAAAUGAAUUAAUACCAGAUACAGUUGUGGAAGUACAAUGCGAGCAAGUCGAAUUAGUAUCUUCUUUAGCAACAACAGAUAAUGAAACAUGUACUCCACCUGCUUCCGAGGAAAAUGUAUUAAACGUUGGAGAACUAGAGAGUUCACCGGAGCUCACUGCAUCUGAAACUGAACCAUCAACAAACCAAAUUCAUAUAACUGAAACGAAUAACUCAGUGGAAGAAGAAAAUCUUAUUUGUUCAGAAGAUGUACCUGUAGUAACCUCAGAACCGACAAUAAUCUGUGAAUCAAAUAAUGCAACAGAAUCAUAUGAAUUAAUACCAGAUACAGUUGUGGAAGUACAAUGCGAGCAAGUCGAAUUAAUAUCUUCUUCAGCAACAACAGAUAAUGAAACAUGUAUUGAACCUGUUUCCAAGGAAAAUGUAUCAAACGUUGAAGAACCACAAAAUUUACCGGAACUCACUGCAUCUGAAACUGAACCAUCAAUAAACCAAAUUGAUAUAGCUGAAACGAAUAACUUAGUGGAAGAAGAGAAUCUUAUUUGCUCAGAAGAUGUACCUGUAGUAACCUCAGAACCGACAAUAAUCUGUGAAUCAAAUGAAUUACUUACAGAUAGUGUUGUGGAAGUACAAUGUGAGGAAGUUGGAUUAAUAUCUUCUUUAGCAACAACAGAUAAUGAAACAUGUAUUGCACUUGCUUCCGAAGAAAAUGUAUCUAAUGUUGAAGAUCUACAGAAUUCACCGGAGCUCACUGCAUCUGAAACUGAACCACCAAUAAAUCAAAUUGAUAUAGGUGACGCAAACUACUCAAGGGACGAAGAAAAUCCUAUUUGCUCAGAAGAUGUACCUGUAGUAACCUCAGAACCGACAAUAAUCUGUGAAUCAAAUGAAUUAGUACCAGAUACAGUUGUGAAAGUACAAUGUGAAGAAAUUGGAUUAGUAUCUUCUUUAGCAACAACAGAUAAUGAAACAUCUAUCGCACUUGCUACCGAGGAAAAUGUAUCUAAUGUUGAAGAUCUACAGAAUUCACCGGAGCUCACUGCAUCUGAAACUGAACCACCAAUAAAUCAAAUUGAUAUAGGUGACGCAAACUACUCAAGGGACGAAGAAAAUCUUAUUUGCUCAGAAGAUGUACCUGUAGUAACCUCAGAACCGACAAUAAUCUGUGAAUCAAAUAAUGCAAUAGAAUCAAAUGAAUUAAUACCAGAUACAGUUGUGGAAGUACAAUGCGAGCAAGUCGAAUUAGUAUCUUCUUUAGCAACAACAGAUAAUGAAACAUGUACUCCACCUGCUUUCGAGGAAAAUGUAUUAAACGUUGAAGAACUAGAGAGUUCACCGGAGCUCACUGCAUCUGAAACUGAACCAUCAACAAACCAAAUUCAUAUAACUGAAACGAAUAACUCAGUGGAAGAAGAGAAUCUUAUUUGCUCAGAAGAUGUACUUGUAGUAACCUCCGAAGCGACAAUAUUAUGUGAAGAAAACAACACAAUAGAAUCAAAUGAAUUAGUAUCAGAUACAGUUGUGGAAACACAAUGCGAGCAAGUCGAAUUAGUUUCUUCUGAAGCAACAACAGAUAAUAACACAUGUAGUGUACCUGCUUCCGAGGAAAAUGUAUUAAACGUUGAAGAACCACAAAAUUUACCGGAACUCACUGCAUCUGAAACUAAACCAUCAAUAAACCAAAUUGAUAUAGCUGAAACAAAUAACUUAGUGGAAGAAGAAAAUCUUAUUUGCUCAGAAGAUGCACCUGUAGUAACUUCCGACCCGACAGUAAUCUGUGAAGAAAACAACACAACAGAAUUAAAUGAAUUAGUAUCAGAUACAGUUGUAGAAGUACAAUGUGAAGAAAUCAAAUUAGUUUCUUCUGAAGCAACAACAGAUAAUGAAACAUGUAUUGCAUCUGCUUCCGAAGAAAAUGUAUCUAAUGUUGAAGAACAACAAAAUCUACCGGAGCUCACUGCAUCUGAAACUAAACCAUCAAUAAACCAAAUUGAUAUAGCUGAAACAAAUAACUUAGUGGAAGAAGAAAAUCUGAUUUGCUCAGAAAAUGCACCUGUAGUACCUUCCGACCCGACAGUAAUCUAUGAAGAAAACAACACAACAGAAUUAAAUGAAUUAGUAUCAGAUACAGUUGUGGAAGUACAAUGUGAAGAAAUCGAAUUAGUUUCUUCUGAAGCAACAACAAAUAAUGAAACAUGUAUUGUACCUGCUUCCGAUGAAAAUGUAUCUAAUGCUGAAGAUCUACAGAAUUCACCGGAGCUCACUGCAUCUGAAACUGAACCACCAAUAAACCAAAUUCAAAUAACUGAAACGAAUAACUUAGUGGAAGAAGAAAAUCUUAUUUGCUCAGAAGAUGUACCUGUAGUAACCUCAGAAUCGACAAUAAUCUGUGGAUCAAAUAAUGCAACAGAAUCAUAUGAAUUAGCACCAGAUAGUGUUGUGGAAGUACAAUGCGAGCAAGUUGAAUUAAUAUCUUCUUCAGCAACAACAGAUAAUGAAACAUGUGUUGCACCUCCUUCCGAAGAAAAUGUAUCUAAUGCUGAAGAUCUACAGAAUUCACCGGAGCUCACUGCAUCUGAAACUGAACCACCAAUAAACCAAAUUCAUAUAACUGACACGAAUAACUCAGUGGAAGAGGAAAAUCUUAUUUGCUCAGGAGAUGUACCUGUAGUAACCUCAGAACCGACAAUAAUCUGUGAAUCAAAUAAUGCAAUAGAAUCAUACGAAUUAAUACCAGAUACAGUUGUGGAAGUACAAUGCGAGCAAGUCGAAUUAAUAUCUUCUUCAGCAACAACAGAUAAUGAAACAUGUAUUGAACCUCCUUCCGAAGAAAAUGUAUCUAAUGCUGAAGAUCUACAGAAUUCACCGGAGCUCACUGUAUCUGAAACUGAAACACCAAUAAACCAAAUUUAUAUAGGUGACGCAAACUCCUCAAGGGAGGAAGAAAAUCUUAUUUGCUCAGAAGAUGUACCUGUAGUAACCUCAGAACCGACAAUAAUCUGUGAAUCAAAUAAUGUAACAGAAUCAAAUGAAUUAGUAUCAGAUACAGUUGUGGAAGUACAAUGUGAAGAAAUCGAAUUAGUUUCUUCUGAAGCAACAACAGAUAAUGAAACAUGUAUUGAACCUGUUUCCGAGGAAAAUAUAUCAAACGUUGAAGAACCACAAAAUUUACCGGAACUCACUACAUCUGAAACUAAACCAUCAAUAAACGAAAUUGAUAUAGCUGAAACAAAUAACUUAGUGGAAGAAGAAAAUCUUAUUUGCUCAGAAGAUGCACCUGUAGUAACUUCCGACCCGACAAUAAUCUGUGAAUCAAAUAAUGUAACAGAAUCAAAUGAAUUAGUAUCAGAUACAGUUGUGGAAGUACAAUGUGAAGAAAUCGAAUUAGUUUCUUCUGAAGCAACAACAAAUAAUGAAACAUGUAUUGCACCUGCUUCCGAAGAAAAUGUAUCUAAUGCUGAAGAGCUACAGAAUUCACCGGAGCUCACUGCAUCUGAAACUGAACCACCAAUAAACCAAAUUCAUAUAACUGAAACGAAUAACUCAGUGGAAGAAGAAAAUCUCAUUUGCUCAGAAGAUGUACCUGUAGUAACCUCAGAACCGACAAUAAUCUGUGAAUCAGAUGAAUUAGUUACAGAUACAGUUGUGGAAGUACAAUGCGAGCAAGUCGAAUUAAUAUCUUCUUUAGCAAAAACAGAUAAUGACACAUGUAUUGAACCUGCUUCUGAGGAAAAUGUAUUAAACGUUAAAGAACUACAGAAUUCACCGGAGCUCACUGCAUCUGAAAUUGAACCACCAAUAAACCAAAUUCAUAUAACUGAAACAAAUAACUCAGUGGAAGAAGAGAAUCUCAUUUGCUCAGAAGAUGUACCUGUAGUAACCUCAGAACCGACAAUAAUAUCUGAAUCAAAUGAAUUAGUACCAGAUACAGUUCCGGAAGUACAAUGUGAAGAAAUUGGAUUAGUAUCUUCUUUAGCAGCAACAGAUAAUGAAACAUUUAUUGAACCUGUUUCCAAGGAAAAUGUAUUAAACGUUGAAGAACUAGAGAGUUCACCGGAGCUCACUGUAUCUGAAACUGAACCAUCAAUAUACCAAAUUCAAAUAACUGAAACGAAUAACUCAGUAGAAGAAGAGAAUCUUAUUUGCUCAGAAGAUGUACCUGUAGUAACCUCAGAACCGACAAUAAUCUGUGAAUCAAAUAAUACGAAAGAAUCAAAUGAAUUAGUAUCAGAUACAGUUGUGGAAGUACAAUGCGAGCAAGUUGAAUUAGUAUCUUCUUUAGUAACGACAGAUAAUGAAACAUGUAUUGCACUUGCUUCCGAAGAAAAUGUAUCUAAUGCUGAAGAUCUACAGAAUUCACCGGAGCUCACUGCAUCUGAAACUGAACCACCAAUAAACCAAUUUCAUAUAACUGAAAGGAAUAACUCAGUGGAAGAAGAAAAUUUUUUUUGCUCAGAAGAUGUACCUGUAGUAACCUCAGAACCGACAAUAAUCUGUGAAUCAAAUGAAUUAGUACCAGAUACAGUUCCGGAAGUGCAAUGUGAAAAAAUUGAAUUAGUAUCUUCUUUAGCAGCAACAGAUAAUGAAACAUGUAUUGAACCUGUUUCCGAGGAAAAUGUAUUAAACGUUGAAGAUCUACAGGAUCCACCGGAGCUCACUGUAUCUGAAACUGAACCAUCAAUAAACCAAAUUCAAAUAACUGAAACGAAUAACUCAGUAGAAGAAGAGAAUCUUAUUUGCUCAGAAGAUGUACCUGUAGUAACUUUUGAAGCGACAAUAAUAUGUGAAGAAAACAACACAAUAGAAUCAAAUGAAUUAGUAUCAGAUACAGUUGUGGAAGUACUAUCUGAAGAAGUCGAAUUAGUAUCUUCUUUACCAACAACAGAUAAUGAAACAUGUACUCCACCUGCUUCCGAGGAAAAUGUAUCUAACAUUGAAGAACCACAAAAUUCACCGGAGCUCAUUGCAUCUGAAACUGAACUAUCAAUAAACCAAAUUGAUAUAGCUGAAACGAAUAACUCAGUGGAAGAAGAGAAUCUUAUUUGCUCAGAAGAUGUACCUGUAGUAACCUCUGAACCGACAAUAAUCUGUAAAGAAAACAACACAAUAGAAUCAAAUGAAUUAGUAUCAGAUACAGUUGUGGAAGUACAAUGUGAAGAAAUCGAAUUAUUAUCUUCUUUUCCAACAACAGAUAAUGAAAUAUGUAUUGCUCCUGCUCCUAAAGAAAACGUAUCUAAUGCUGAAGAUCUACAGAAUUCAUCGGACCUCACAGCAUCUGAAACUAAACCAUCAAUAAACGAAAUUGAUGUAGCUGCAUCAAAUGACUCAGUGGAAAAAGAGAAUCUUAUUUUCUCAGAAGAUAUACCUAUAGUAACCCCUGAAUCAACAAUAAUAUGUGAAUCAAAUGAAUUAGUUACAGAUACAGUUGUGGAAGUACAAUGCGAGCAAGUCGAUUUGGUAUCUUCUUUAGCAACAACAGAUAAUGAAACAUGUAUUGCAAUUGCUUCCCAGGAAAAUAUAUCUUUUGUUAAAGAAUUACAAAAUUCACCGGAGCUCAAUGUUACUGAAACUGAACCAUCAACAAACCAAAGCAACAUAACCGAAACAAAUGACCCAGUAGAGGAAGAGUACCAACUUUGCUCUGAAGUUGUGCCUGUAGAAUCCGUUAAACCGGCAAUAGUAUGUGAAGAAAAUGACACAAAAGAUUCUAAUGUGUCAGUACCUGAUGCAGUUGUGGAGGUACCAUGUAAUGAAACCGACUUGCUAAUGACUUUAAACACAGAUCUUGCUCCAUGUUUUCAACAUUCUUCUGAAAACCACGCACACUCCGAAGUACUAAAUACAACUGAAGUUUCAGUUUUAACCGGAACUAUACUAUCAACGGAACAAAUUGUUAUGAAUGAAACAACUAACUCAGUGGAGAAUAGCAAUUCGCUUUACCCUAUGGAUGUACCUGCAGAUACUCUUAAAUCGUUUGAUCUAAAUCUUAAUAAUGUUGAGAGAUCAGCUGAAGAAAUUGGUGUAAGUGGGGGAAAUAACUCUGUUGAUCAGAGUUCUGCUCUUUGUUUGGAAAGCACACUUUUAGAAACAUCUUCUGAAAAACAUAAACGAAUGGUAGUUUCGGAUGCAGCUGAAGAAGUAAAUAACGAAUUACCGGAAACUUAUUUAGGAUUAAAUAUUGAAUCUUCUACUGAUGAUAUUGCACAAAAAGGUAUGCUGUCUCUUAUAACAGCAGAUUUUAGUGGAACUGAAGAAAAGUGUUCACAGGGACAAACUGCAUUGGUUAAAGAAGAAAAAUUUGUCAAUGAUCAUGAAAGGCUAAUAGGUGGAGAUUUUUUGAUAACUGAAGAUAAGCAAGUCAUUACAAUGGAGCAAACAGAGCAAGGAUCCAUAGCCGAGCGCGAAUAUAAAAAAUGGAACAAUGCAGUUGAUAUGCCAAAUAAUCCAUACGCACCUGAGGCAUUGAAAAGACGCAUCAGCGGUAGUCAAGAACGGUUCUUAGAUUUACCAAAUAUAAGCCCUAGUUCUGAACAAUGUCCUAUUGAACUAUUAAAAAGUGAAAAGGUGGACUCUGAUGGUGGAAACGAUUACAAAAGAUAUUGCCGUGAUUAUUACGUAAAUAAUAUUACUACAAACUGUUCAGUAUCAAAUACAAAAUGUUCAUCACCCACUUUAUCAUAUGAGGGGCAGAAUGAAGAAGAGAUCGUUAUAAAUGAGCCAGCAAAAGUAUCUGAUUCACAAGCUAACGCUACCACUCAGUUAAUAUCUGAGACUGGUAUUUAUCAAGCUGUACCUGCCCAAGCGGUGGUGGAAGACCAUGCCUCCAUUGAAACCUAUUCGACUCCAUCAAUGCAAUCAUUAAACACAAUCACAAGUAGCGAUGAUUCGGAUACAGUGCGUGUCUAUGAUUUUAAUAAACAGGAAACCAUCAAAAUUCGUCAAGAAAUCAAAGAAAAAAGUGCAGCAGAUGCAGUUGUUGCAGAUACAAUUGAAACAGCUACUGAAGCUUCAACUGCAGGUCCGAUAGCUAAGAAACCCCGUCCUACGGAAUUAGCAAUUCAAAGUAAUACUAAUAAUGCUAAUGCUAAUACUAAUGCUGCAGCUAAUUCAGAAACACCAUCUUCUCCGACCACACCGGUCGUAACGCCUGCUAGAGGCAGUACACCAACAGCUUUUAAAUUCUUACAACCAAAACGAAAACUUAUAGAUCCUAGUCAAGUAUUAUCCUUCGAUGAGGACAUGCCAGAAGAACCUCUAGAAAAACCAGAAGAAAAGCCUGUUAUUGAAGAGGAUGUUGCUCGUGCAUUGCCGUCAGUUAAAGCACUAGCACGUGCAUUUAUUUUGGCAUCAAAUAAAAAUACUAAAACUGAUAAACGUUGGCCUAUGCCAAAAACAACAAAAAAUACUCUUUCACCAGCACCAAUUAAUAAACUUGAAACUAGUCCAUCAGUUGCGGAAAUCGCUGAAGAUGCAACAAUAUCCUCAGAUUUAUCUUCACUCGAAACUGACCCACCUACAAGUAAGGAAGUGGAAGAAGCUAUUGAAACGGUGGCAGAAGCAGUUAUACUUAAUGAUCAUGCUAAAGAAAAUGCGUCACCAGUGCCGGCAACUGAUUCCACAUCUGGCAAAUCGAAUGCAGCACGCAAAUUUCGCUCUGGUUUCCUCAGAAGUAAUAUUGCUUUCUUUGAAAACUUAAAGUUUAAGUGAAUAUUACUAAAUUCCUUCUAAUGAAAUGAGUACAAGUUAAAAACAAAAAAAAAAAUUUUAAAAAUUUCACGAUUUUGUUAUACAAAAUUAUAAAAAAUUUUAUUAAAGCGUAUUUGACCAUAUAUUGAAAAAGCUGAAGUGCCAUCACGUUUGAAAACGUUUGAGGAUAAAGGAUCCCAGCCCAGUGAGAUUCAUGUGCCUAUGUUAAAUCUUCUAUAAUUUUUAAUUUAUGUUGUUAUAAAUUUUAUUUAUUUUUGUUUUGGUAUUAAAA